CCUUGGUCUUCUUAUUCUUCAUGGCUCAGCUCUGAAGAUGUUCCUGUGCUGUUGGCUGGUUCUGGGGGCUCUCAUCCCCGCAACCUUAAGCAUCAAUCCUGGAGUAAAGGUCAGGUUGACAGAAAAAGGCAUUGAAUAUGGCAGGCAACUGGGCAUGGCUGACAUGCAGCAGAAACUCAAUUCUAUCCAAGUUCCAGACUUUUCAGGGGAACAGAGGGUGUCUCCGAUUGGAAAAGUCCAGUACAAUUUGUCAAAUAUACGUGUAUUGAAGGUGGGAAUACCAAAGUCUUCAGUGGACCUGGUGCCAGGGACUGGAGUCACACUGUCUAUAGGUGAUGCCUUCAUCAGUCUGAAUGGAAACUGGAGGGUCAAGUACCUGCGAAUAAUAAAGCACAGCGGGUCUUUUGAAUUGAAUGUGAAUGGUCUCAGUAUCGCUACAACCAUCUC